AUGACCGACACGACUGCCCCAAAAACCGAGAGCCAACAACACUCUACGAUAAUGCCUACUCCCAAAGGAGACAUGAAUUCGGACCAGGAUCAGAAGACCAAAAGAAUUAAUCGGGGGCUGUUGCCUUGCGUGGUUCUUAUAUCAACACCGGUCACUGCUAAGGAGGUGAAUCGUCGUGUAAAGCACGUUCUCACUUUAAUUGUGUCUUUGGCGGGCAUGGCAGCCCCCCUGGGGAGCACGAUACUCAUGCCUGUAUUGAAAGAUAUUGCAAAAUCUUUUGGCACGACUCCGACUGUUGUCAACCUCUCCGUUGCAUUUUACUCCCUCGCGGUUGCUUUCACACCCCUAUGGUGGUCGUACUUUUCUGAACGGUACGGUCGACGAGCUAUCUAUUUAAUUUCCUUCUUCCUGCUCGCCAUCUUCAAUAUUUUGGGAGCAGUAAGUGUUAAUAUCGGUACGUUUAUCGCCAUGCGUAUUUUAGCUGGCGGUGCCUGCGCAUCUGUUCAAGCCGUCGGAGCCGGAACCAUAGCCGAUCUAUGGGAGGUCAAGGAGCGAGGAAAGGCUAUGGGAAUUUUCUUCCUUGGACCUAUGCUUGGCCCUUUGAUAUCUCCCAUAAUUGGGGGCGCUGUUUCUAUCAAAUGGGGUUGGCGCAGCACACAAUGGGUAAUGGUCAUAUAUGGUUUUCUGGUUUUCGUCCUUGUCCUCUUCCUACUCCCAGAAACCUCCAAUAUAGAAACUCGAAAAAAGAAUGCCAACGAAAAAGACGUUAGUAACCAGACGAAACCCAAAGAAUCUACAGUCUCAACCAUCGUCAGGGUGGUGAUAGCCCCCGUCAAAGUGGCUUACUUGUUGCGUUUCAUGCCCAUCUUGAUCACUGUGUUCUGCAAUGGCAUUACGUUUGCAAGCUAUUAUCUUGUGAAUAUAACCAUACAAACGGUUUUCUCAUCUUCUCCAUACUCCUUUUCUCCACUUAUUGUGGGAUUGACUUAUAUUCCUAGCGCUUUGGGGUCGAUUCUCGGCUCUUUUUGUGGUGGCAGGUGGACAGACUAUAUCAUGCAUCGGGAAGCUAAAAAGGCUGGUCGGGUCGAUGAGAAUGGAAAUCUUCAGUUCAUUCCACAGGACCGUAUGCGGGAGAAUGUUUUGAUUGCAAUCCUGAUGUAUCCUGCGGCAUUGGUGUGGUUUGGAUGGGUAGCAGACAAGCAUGUGUUUUGGUUUGUGCUGUGCUUAUCAACAUUCUUUUACGGCCUCGGUAUGAUGUUGGUUUCCAAUGUUAUGACCACGAUGCUCACUGAGUUCGUGCCCAAACGAUCAAGCACUGGCGUGGCAGUCAACAACCUUCUCCGCAAUUCUUUGGCCUGCGUGGCGCUUAUCGUUGCCGACCCAUUAAUCAAUGCUAUCGGAACUGGAUGGCUAUUGACGAUAGCUGCAAUCAUCUGUUGGCUCAGCGGCCUUGCACUGAUUCCAAUGAAACAAAAGGCAGACAAAUGGAGUAAAGAGAUGGGUGAAAAGCUACCCAAGCUAUCGCUUUAG